GUUAGCUGCCCACGAUUGGCACGACGUGCACUCGCCACUAUCUCAUGCACGUCCUGUGCAGUUGUACCGUGAACCUGUAUAUAUACAUGAGCAAUGCAAUACAGAGCACCCAAGGUGCAUCGCCAAACUCUUCUUCCCGAUCACAUGGUAUCAGACGCCAACUCCUCCUCGUCCCUGUAAAAGCCUUCGCUUCCGCUGCUCUCACCGGCGCCCGCCGGCAUGGCUACUCCACCUCCUCCACCUCCCCCACCACCGGCUGGCACCGGCCUUGCCGGCGCUCUCUCACCCAGCGCCACCAACCCACUCCCCACCCCUCGCCCGCUCCUCACACCAGCUGCACUUGCUGCGGCCGCGGCCACCACGGCGGUCGUCACCACUCCCGCUGCAGCGCCUGCUCCUGCCGCGGCGGCUCCCCUCUCUUCACCUCUCGCGGGCGUCUUCAUCAACCAACACGUCCCGUUUGUGCUGUCGCUCAACCCUCCCAACUACACCCAAUGGCGUACUCUGUUCGAGGUCACCUUCACCAAGACGGGCGUCGACGACCACAUCCACAACCCUCCCAGCGCGGCGUCGCCCUACUGGCUCCAAGACGAUGCCUACAUCGUCUCCUGGCUCUACAACCGGGUGAGUCCCGAGAUCUUCGGCCUCAUCCACCAGCGCCACGCCACCGCCGCACAACUGUGGGACUCCAUCGGCACGCUGUUCAUGGCGAACCGCGAGCACCAGGCCGUCUUCCUCGCCACCGAAUUCCGGCGCAUCGAGCAGGGCUCCUCCAACAUCAUCACCUACUUCGCUCGCCUCAAGGAGUGCGCCGAUCGCCUUGCCGAUCUCGGCGAGCCGGUCACUGAUCGCGACCAGGUGUUGAACAUGUUCCGUGGACUGCAUCCUCGCCUACACUAUGCCCUGCCUAUACUGACCAUGCAGAGUCCCUUCCCGUCCUUCCUCCGCUGCCGCGCCUUUCUGCUUCUGGAGGAAAGCCGCGCGACCGCGCACACGGACAGCACCUCCUCCGAUGUGGCGCUCCAUGCUGCUCGCGCGCCCCAGCCCAACACCGGCAACAACGCCUCCACUGGCGGAGGAAGCCAUUCUGGCGGGGGCGGCUCCUACAGCGGCGGGGGCGGCAACAACAACGACGGGGGGCGCGGCAGGCGCCGCGGCAAGGCCCCUGCCACCGCGCCAUCCAACUCCUGUGGGGGGUCAGGCUACACCCCUCGCCCGUACGCGCCGCCCACUCCAUCUGCGGCGCCCUGGACUGGCAUGGUCCACGCCUGGGCCAUGCCCUGGCGCCCUCAUGCUCCUGGUGCCGGCAUCCUGGGUGCCCGCCCCGGCGCUCCUUCACCAUUCGCCGGCAUGGCCGGCCACUACGGCACUGCUCCGCCGCCCUACUACUACGGCGCCCCACCUGCAUCGGCACCGUACGGCGAUCCAUCUGCGUCCUCAUCAAGCGCCCCGCCUCCAUCAUGGGACCAGGCCGGGCUGAUUCACGCCCUGAACAAUCUGUCCGUGCAGCAGCAGCAGCCCGGUGCAGCUCCCAACCCCACCUGGUACCUUGACACAGGCGCCUCUGCACACAUGAGCUCCUCGUCUGGAUCGGAGCACAAGGAAGGUGAUCCUGCGCUGUGAUUCUGAUGGAGACCUGUACCCCGUACUUCCACCUCGUCCACACCACAGCCUCACCGCCGUCACCAUGGAUCUGUGGCAUCAACGCUUGGGUCAUCCCGGCCGCGAGGCCCUGGCGCACUGUCUUCGACAUGCUCCCGCUGAUCCUGGCGACAAGCUCACCACCAUCUGCCAUACAUGUCAAUUAGGAAAAAGCUCGCGUUUACCCUUUACAGAUUCUAGUCAUGUUUCAUAUUUUCCCUUUCAACUUGUUCACUGUGACAUUUGGACGUCACCUGUAUCUAGUCUGUCAGGUUGCAAAUACUAUUUAGUUCUACUUGAUGAUUACAGUCAUUUUGUGUGGA